AUGGCGGAGGGGAAGCCUUACCGGUACGGACUCAUAGUGGCCGGCCUCUCUGUGGUUGCCGUGGGCCUGUUCCUCAUGAUGCAGGAGCGCCCGCACGUCUACGUGACGAUGUGCGUCGUCGGAGUCACCAUGGUCUGUGCUGGGACAGUGUGGAGCCUCUGCCAGUGCUAUCCCAAGGUCGUCGUGACGCCCGUGACUCAGAAGGAAAGCCUGGAGGAUCUGAUGUGCUCUGCCAGAGAUGAGCGGAAUGCUGGGUGUCGGCCGGGUUCCUGCGGCCAAAAGUCGGACGGUGUGCCGAUGAAUGAGAGCCGCAGCUGUCCCACGCUGCACCUGGUCUGAAGGAGAGAGCGAAGCGAACCCAGCAAACUUCACUGGGUCAAAAACACAAGCAACUCAGGGCUGAAGCCGAAUGACAGAACCAGCAACACAAAAAAAUAUAUAAUAUAUGUAAUAGAACAAGUCUUGUGCUGUGUUGUCAUGGGAAAUUAUUUAAUGAACGUUUUUUACACUGUAGUCCCAGCAGAUGGCGCUGUUUACAGGGAAAAAGAAGGAUUUCUAUUAUUAUUAUUCCACCUGAAGAACUGCGUGUUUUUAAAGAUACAUUUCCCAAAACUGUUUUUUGUUUGUUGUUUUUUAGACUCGUUGAUGCUACAAAUAAAGCAGGUUGCUACAAUUCUCCAGUGGUAAAAUAUUACUACUAAUAAUAAUACACAUGUUUGAAAGCAGAUUUGUUUUGCUUGUUCUCCAUCCUUGUUAAAGACACAAAUCUGAAUAAUAAAAAAAAAGAAUCGCAAUUCUUUCAGCCCUGAAUUGUAAUACAAAAGUAGGCAAUAUUUUUAAUAUUAAAUUCAAAGUUGUCAAUCUGUGGACUUUUCCUUUUUCUAGAUGUAAAUUAUAUGACAGCUGUGCAUGAAAUCCAACUUAUGUAUAACUCCAUUUUGUUCAAAUCCAGCAUUGAUGAUGCAUUUUUCCCCCUGACGCAAACAAAUUUCAUAAGCUCUUUCAAUCUAUUCAAUAUUUGCUUUUAAAGAAAUCACAGAUGUCAGCUACUCAACCUAAUGAAGCAAACACAAGUCCCAGUGCCCAGCUGAGCAUCAGAAGGUUUCAAGCAAAAGCAUCUUGAAUAUGAGCUCAAGUCACAAAAAUUUGAAAUUCAACACCAUGCUUAAAAUAUAAGAUAAAUCCACGUAGUGGAAACGCCAGAGAACAGAGAUGCAUUCGGCAUAAAAUUCUUGAAAUCGCAUGAGAGUCCAACAAUAACUGAAGCAACGAUGUGAAGCAGAUUCUCUUGGUAUGUUUCUAGUUUCCAUUCUGACUCUAAAAAGAGGAAUAAAAGUCUUUAAAAAACGAUCCCAAAAGAGACUCCAAUGUGCAUUCAGGUAAAAACGGAUACAUCCACUCCCUCCAGCAAGU